GCGGCCCGCAGCAUCGAAACGAUCGUCAUUCAACUCAGUGUGUGCUGCAGCUUCACGUGUACAAUCGCAAGCCAACGCUUCGUUUCGCCAAUUUUCCCAGUCCAACUGAGAUAAAAAACAACUCGCCAACAUGUUCAAGCUGUUCGUUCUCGCUAGCGUUCUGGCCGUUGCCGCCGCCGCCCCAGGACUCGUCGUUGCUCCGGCCGUCGUGCAUGCCGCCCCGGUUGUCCACGCCGCUCCCGUUGCCGUGAGCCACUCGUCGUCGCACGUCGUCCACCACGCCCCGGUCGUGAAGACGGUUGCGGUCCACUCGGCCCCGGUUGUUGCCGUCCACCACGCUCCGGUCGUGAAGGCCCUCCCGGUUGUCCACCAUGCCCCGCUCGUCCACCAUGCCCCGCUCGUCCACCACGCUCCGCUGGUGAAGACCGUCUCGGUUCACUCUUCCCCGGUUGUUCACUCCGUGCACCCGGUUCCGGUUGUCAAGAGCGUCGUCGCCAGCCCGGUCGUCCUGCACCACUAAAGCACCGUGUUGCAUCGCGCACACACACACCCACACACCGAUACCGGCGGCAGUUGAUCGUGUAACUUUUUCGACACCGCCCAUCCACACGCCCACCAUCCGCAGCCGUCGUCCUUUUCCAUCGCGACCAUGCGGUCAUGUAAAUAGCGUGCAUCAACACACCCGCCACUGGCCACCCGUGGGCAGUGGAACUUCAUCAGACGAACAAAUUUGAGUCGAUCGCAAGAGCUAUGAACGAAUCAAUACAACUUUGUU